AGCCGAGGCACUCCCGAGGUCAGAGCCGAGGCACUCCCGAUGUCAGAACCGAGGCACUCCCGAUGUCAGAGCCGAGGCACUCCCGAGGUCAGAGCUGAGGCACUCCCGAGGUCAGAGCCGAGGCACUCCCGAGGUCAGAGCCGAGGCACUCCCGAGGUCAGAGCCGAGGCACUCCCGAGGUCAGAGCCGAGGCACUCCCGAGGUCAGAGCCGAGGCACUCCCGAGGUCAGAGCCGAGGCACUCCCGAGGUCAGAGCCGAGGCACUCCCGAGGUCAGAGCCGAGGCACUCCCGAGGUCAGAGCCGAGGCACUCCCGAGGUCAGAGCCGAGGCACUCCCGAGGUCAGAGCCGAGGCACUCCCGAGGUCAGAGCCGAGGCACUCCCGAUGUCAGAGCCGAGGCACUCCCGAGGUCAGAGCCGAGGCACUCCCGAGGUCAGAGCCGAGGCACUCCCGAGGUCAGAGCCGAGGCACUCCCGAGGUCAGAGCCUAGGCACUCCCGAGGUCAGAGCCGAGGCACUCCCGAUGUCAGAGCCGAGGCACUCCCGAUGUCAGAGCCGAGGCACUCCCGUUGUCAUAGCCGAGGCACUCCCGAGGUCAGAGCCGAGGCACUCCCGAGGUCAGAGCCGAGGCACUCCCGAGGUCAGAGCCGAGGCACUCCCGAGGUCAGAGCCGAGGCACUCCCGAGGUCAGAGCCGAGGCACUCCCGAGCUCAGAGCCGAGGCACUCCCAAGGUCAGAGCCGAGGCACUCGCGAGUCAUAGCCGAGGCACUCGCGAGGUCAGAGCCGAGGCACUCCCGAGGUCAGAGCCGAGGCUGCGCGGGCGCCCCUCCGGUCGCGCUUCUUAAGCAUUCCCGAUGUCAAAUCUCGGGCUGGACUGGCGCUCCUUCCUCUCCUGCACCGGCGCUCUCGACGGAUUCUUAG